UGGAAGCGGCAUCGGGAUCAUCGGCGCGGUGUCCCGGCGGGCAGGAGGCGGCAUCGGGAUCAUCGGCUCGGUGUCCCGGCGGGCAGGAGGCGGCAUCGGGAUCAUCGGCGCGGUGUCCCGGCGGGCAGGAGGCGGCAUCGGGAUCAUCGGCGCGGUGUCCCGGCGGGCAGGAGGCGGCAUCGGGAUCAUCGGCGCGGUGGAGGCGCGGGAGCGGCGGCCGCAGGUACUUAACAACAGCAAAAAAUGAAAGCUUUCCCAUCAUGUCUCUCCAUGCAGUAGCGCUCGCCAGCUUCAGCAGAACAGAAGUCUUCAAGCACCCCUGCUCUGAGAAGUUAAACCACAAAAGCCUAAAGGUGGCGUUCACCGACUCAGCGUGUUCUUCAAAUCCCUCGGUGAGGAUUAGCUGCCUUGCUCCAACGCCUCAAAUCUCUGUUCUCUCAGAUGAAUCUUCAAGGCCAGCAGUGAUUGGACAUGCUGGAAGUUUUGGAUCGUACCCAGGCAGUGCUGAAGCUAUCAGAGACAUUCUCGUGUCUGUUUUAAAUGCAUCUGGUUUGAAGCCCUCUUUGGUGUUGGAGCAGAGCACAAUGCAGGGAGCUGAGCAUCCGGACAGUGAUGUGGAACAGUGGGAAGAAAGCAGUGCUGGGGACAGCCAUGAUGACAGCGACAGUGAUUCUGUACAUCACAGCUCUGCCUGUACACAAACAGACAUUCGGUUUACACGGCCCCGGGCAUGUUGGAACAACACAGACUGUGAUUCUCCCAAACCUUCCCUGGAUACUUUCCCUUGUCCACAUUCUACUGGUGGAGAUCCUGCUGCUUCCUCCUUGAAUGGUUUUACCCUUUCAAGCAUGUCCCCUCUGAAGCGUGACUGCUUUACCCAGGUGACGUUAACAGGAGGCACCGUCACAUCCGCUGUUGUGCAUUCUGGUAAAGAAUCUUAUACCUGCCCUGAAAGAGACUUGGCUUUCACAAGGUUGCUUUCAGAUUCAGCUUCUGGUAAAGCAGAUCUAGUGAAAUACCCUUAUGCCGUGGAGCCUGUGCCUCUCAGCAACAGCAACAGCGAUUCUCCCAGUGGCCUUUCCCAGUCAGAGCCAGUCAAUCUGACAGGUAACUUUACAGCUUCUACUUCUCCUUUGAAUAUAAGUGCUAUACCCUUGAAUCGUUCAUUGCAGGACAUCUGCAUGCUUCCAGAGGAUGUGGAAAAGGAAAACGCACACUUUUUUGUUGCAGAUAUGAUUAUAGCAUCACUAGAAAAAAUGAAAUGUAAUAUCCUAAGCCAACAACAAGCAGAGUCUUGGGGUGUGGAGGAAACGAGUGGAUCAGAUGGCAGCUAUCACACUGACUCAGAGUUAUCUUCUUACCCUGGAGUGAAGAAGUCUGAUUCUUCUGUUACCUCUUCAGAUAGUGGUUAUGAAGGCUGUGCUUUGCUGCCUGUCAGUUCCCCAGUGCAUCUACCAUCACGUCAUGAGGUCACCAGAUUUCGUUGCCACAGUGACUCAGAGGAUGAAUAUGUAAUUAUUGAACUUGAAGACCUUGAAAAUCUGUCUGUCGACCCUGAUGAAAGAUCAUCUUUUGAACCAGGCAGCAAUUCUGCUGAAGCAACAGCCCAGGAGUUGUGCAGAGCUUUCAGAAAAUACUGGUUGCAGACAGACUCUGCAGUUCAGCUGUCUGGUUGCCUGAGCUCAUCUAAGCAGAGAUCUGUGCUGAAAGAAGAGAUUCCAAGAGAACUUGAAUCCAGUUUGAAUCUGGCUGAAGAAAUAAAGAUCAUAUCCAAGUUGAGAGGAUCUUCUGGCUGGUCCCCACCAAGAUCACAGAUUAUAUUUAAUAUUCAUCCUUCAGUCAAGAGAGAUGCGGUGGUGGCUGCUCAGAACUUUACGUGUGUUGGUUGUGGAACCCCAAUAGAAAGCAAAUAUAUCAGGAGACUCCGCUAUUGUGACUACCUGGGGAAGUACUUCUGUGACUGCUGCCACAGCUAUGCCCAGUCUUCUAUUCCUGCCCGAAUACUUUCAAAGUGGGAUUUCAAAAAAUACUACGUGUGCAACUUCUCCAAACACCUACUGGACAGCAUAUGGCAGCACCCCAUUUUCAAUGUGUCGUCUAUUAACAAAACCCUCUACACGAAAAGUAAAGAAAUGGACAGGGUCAGGGAGGCACAAGAGCAGCUUUUUCAUUUAAAAAAGCUUUUGAAAACGUGCAGGUUUGCUGAAAGUGUACUGAAAGAAUUUGAACAGGUCCCCAGCCAUCUGACAGAGGAGCUGCAUCUCUUCUCACUGGAUGAUCUGGUGAAGAUCAAACGAGGGCAGUUACUGCCUCUUCUUAAAGAUAUUCUGAAGAGCUCCACCUCUCAUGUAGAUGGCUGUGAGCUCUGUCAAGCGAAGGGGUUUAUCUGUGAAUUCUGUCAGAGCGCAGACCUGCUCUUUCCAUAUCAGACUGCCAAAUGUAAAAGGUGCAAAGAGUGCAAAACAUGCUUUCACAAAGCAUGCUUCAAGUCUGGAGGCUGCCCCAAAUGUCUGCGGAUCUCAGCUCGGAGGACUCUCUCAGAAGGUCCAUCACUGGUGCCUCAGUGAAACUUGGUUCCUCUGACUGCUGACUUUAGAAGAUGCUCAGAGCCAAAUCUUCAGGUGCACGACUAAGCAUUAAAUAAUGUUGUUUUAGACAUUACUGUUUUUAAUGCAUGUCUCCUUUAUGGGGGGUAAAAUAAAAAAAAUAGAAAAACAAUCAAUAUCAACUUUAUUAUCAUCAUCAUCAAAAUUCACCCCAAUGGAGUUUGAUCUUCACCGUGACAGACUGGAUGUUAAUUUUUUGGGCUGCCUUUUGUUGCUAUGUUUUGUUCUUGUAUGUAAGAAUUUUAAUACUAUAUUUUUUCAUGUAAAACUGAUUAAUCUCUGUAAUUCUGCAGAUAAUGUAUAGAUAGUAAGUGAAUGUUGCAAGUGGUUGCCCAUGUUCGAUUUUGGAAAUGGGGGAAAAAGUGGUGAAGUGCAAAAUCGUUCUCUGAAAAGCUUUACAAUAAAUAGAAAAUACUUGUCUGCAAGUUUUAGGCAGAUGCUCAUCUGAAAUUGUUAUGGCAAAUGCUUAUUGUGAACCAGUGAAUUUUAAAUUUCUUUUAAACACACCUAUGCAACAGCCUGUGGUGAGUUUACUUGGUCUGCUGCUCGGUGCUCUUCACACUUCACCCAGCUGGUCCUUCACCCCAUUCCUCAAGAGGACAGAGGGAGAAAAUAAGAUAGAAGAACUCACAGAUUGAGAUACAGACAGGGAGAUCACUUGCAAGCUACUGUCAUGGGUAAAAUAAAACCCUUGAAUUGGAGAAAAUUAAAUGUAUUGUAAAUUGAGUAGGGUGGUGAAAAGCAAAGACUAAACCAAAUAAUUUUCCCUUACCUCACCCACUCAUUUUCCAGGCUGAACUUUGCAUCUUCAUUCCCAAUUUUUCUACAUUAUAGCCUGCCCUACGUGGUGCAAGGCAGAUGCAGAAUUUGGGUUGCUGUCAGUUCAUAACUGUUCCUUUCUUCUACUCCCACCUCCUCACACUUUCCUCUUGUUGCAGUGGGGAUCCUUCCCAUGGGCUGCAAUCUUUCAGGAUAAACCUGCUCCUGUACAGACUCUCCAGGAAGAUGUGGUUCCUUCAGGAAAUACUCAUGUGUUCCAGUGAGGUCCUUUCCAUGGACUGCAGGGAAAUCUGUGCUCUGAUGCCUAAAGCACCUCUUCCUCCUCUUUUUUCACUGACCUUGGUGAUUUUGCUGCUGUUUCUCAUGCUCUUUCUCAAAUACAUGUUCUCAGCAGUAUCACCAUCGCUCAGCCCUGCUCUGUGUCCAUCAGAUCUGGCUGGAAGCAGCUGUAUCUGGCAUGGGGCAGUCCUGGCCUCUUCACACAGGCCAUCAUGCAGUCACCCAGUGCCAACAUCUUGCCAUUUCCACCAGCUACUCCAGAAGUUUCUUUCCAAAUCACUUAGAAAUGUGAAGAUGGAUGGUGAGGGAUCAGGAGAGAUGCUCCUGUCUAAAUCCACCCUCACACUUGCAGACAGAGUCCUUGCCUGAAGGUGAAGUGCUGGAAAUUGAAAGCAGCUUUCUUUUCCUGCCUGGUAGGUUAGUUCUAAUGAAGCCCUUGCCUUCAGAAAGAUAGAGCAGCUGCUCAAACCUGUAAAACCAUUUUUGUGUUUGUGCUAUGGAGUACCAAUGAACAGAGAAAUCCUAGGACCUGAAAGUACAAAUCAGAGUUCUGAUCUCUCCAAUACGGUGCUGUUAGUAUUUUUAAUUUUUUGUUCUCAUUUUUUGCAUUUUUCCUGCUCUCCUCAUCUGCUUGCUCCACCUUUUAGCAAGGAAAGGAUCUGCCACCUGGGAGUGUAUGAGUUCACCUCCACGUUAAUGUUUACGGUACUCCUAAGCUCACUAACACUUCCACUAAUCUGUUUUUUUCUGUGAUCAAAAACAGCUUUCCUGCUUACUGCUCUGAAACAAGAUUACCGUCUCUUACACAAGAUCACCAAUGCAGGGUGAGAUGUGGUAAGAAAGAGCCUGCUUUUGCAGCUGCCUGUAUUUAAUAUUAUGCAAGAGUAAAUUCUCAUUUAAGUUGGGUGCACAACUAACUGAGUCACAUGAAAGGCAUUGCUUGCAGGGAUUUUGUGCUUACGAAGGAGUAGACGUGAAUGAUCCUUCUGUGGGAUAACCUGCAGGGCAGCUGAGUAUGUCUUUUUCACUAUUCAUUAAUUUAGAAGAGCUGAUCUGUUUUCUGGCUGUGCUUUUCAUGAAUGUUCAGGUCUUACUAAGCAGUAGCAGUGCACAGGAGGGGGAGUGUUGGACAACAAGUUUCACAUGUGCUCAGUUCAGUCCAGGUCUCCGCAGAGCCGGUACAGCUUAUCCUCACUAAUUAUUGCUACCUAGCACAGCACAGGUCUGCAGCAAGAGCAGAUCCUCAGUGAGUUGGUAAAGCUGGAAAGCAAAAGACCUGAGAGGAUCAAUAUGCUUAUAGGCCAAGUAAAACUGGUUAAAAUGUUCUGCUGCUGAAGCUAAAGUAAGAAGGACUAAGCUGUGAGAUGCCAGCGGGUUGGUCGCGAGUUGGAAGGAACAACUCUUUUCUGCGUUUGAGAGGAUACUGCAUUUGACUGUUGGGUCUGGAGGAGGGUCAUAACAAAUCCACAUUCUUGUGUACUGGUGUCAGCACAGGAUAGCACAGGAACACCUUGAGGCUAUUCACACUGAAUGUCUGUCUUCUGUGGUGAGAAGCAAGGCACGGGUGACUAGACCUGUGGACCCGAGGUGUUCUCAGCAUUGCUGAGGUGAGAGUGUCUUUUAUCAGCUGCUAUCCUAGGACUGAAUAAAGCAACCAUCAUGAAACUGAA